AGACAGUGCUGAGGCACAGUGAGCGCAUUGCGGAUGUCCGGCUUCUCGUUUCGUGCGCGCGGUCCGGAGAGGGCUCCCCGGAAUCAGCUGGGCUCUCCCGUGCCCGGAGCGACUCCGGCACUGCGGCAUUCGGGACAUAUGGCAGAGCUCUCCAUAAGCGUGCCGGCGGCGGCGGCGGUGCCCCUUCAGGGGGCCGCCUCGCCCUGUCGACCGCCGCCACCGGCCCACGGCUGGACCCCGCUGCUGCAUGGUCUGACCUUUUCGGGUCACAUGUCGCCGCGUAUGACGUCAUCAGUGACCGUAGAAAGGUCACCGGUCACCCCCGGCGGCCGGCUAGCAGGGCACCCGAGUUCGGACCGCAGCCUGGCCAGCCCGGCCGGCCGGCACGCCCCGCCCACCGCGGACGGCAGCCAAUCACCUGCGCCGGCCGACGGCGCGGGGCGGAGCCUGUCUGCCGCCGCCCGCUCGCCCCCGGCCGUACGCCGGCAGUCGCACGGGGCCGAGAAACCCGACGUGGUGCUGCGGACGCGUGCGGAGAGCGACGCGAAAUUGCACGGCGAUCGCGGGGCGACUGUGAGGACAGAGAAGAGUGUGCUACCGUCGGGAGUGACACCCGACGCAGUGCGAGGAUCGCCGAACGUCUGCAGUGAACGUGUGUCAAGCGGUGUGUCGGCAAACGGCGGGCCGCCGCCGCCGCGGCCGCUAUUCAGGCCCUACUGUGAUAAUGUGGUGAGCCGAACUCGAGACGGUGCGACCGUCCAGCCGAAACGAAACGAGCGGGAAACCGACGAAAAGUGUGGAGAGAGACGAUCCAAGUCGCCCCAGCGGUCUGCGAAAGGAGCGGCCGUCGGGGGCGAGGCGGCGCCUGCCAGCGCCAUCUCUGGAGAGGCUGACGAACCAGGCGCUGAGAGCGACAUCUCUGGAGCGGGCGGCGAACUACCGGACUGCUGUAGGACCCGGCCGUUGAGCCAAACAUGGGUCCGCUACAGCGAGUGGUGCCGGCGGCGCAAGAGGCGGCGCUCAGCUGCCGCCAGCAGUGACGUCAUCGGUGACGUCACACCCGACCAGAUGAUCUCCAUCAGCGGGCUGGGGCCUUUCGCGGCGCCGGGGCCGGGGCCGGGCGCCGAGGUGGCCUCGCCCGGCGCCGGGGAGGCCGGGAGGCCGGUUGCUGUCAGCUCAGCACCCAGGACGGUGCUGCCAGCCACAGCCUCUGGGGGAAAGUUGGUGGGUAUCGCCAAGGCCCGGCAGCGGGAACCCGAGUGUGCGGCCCAGCCGACGGUGCUGACAUCUAUCGCCGGCCGGCUGAGUCUGCCAGGUUUCGGCGGCCCGGUCUGGACGGGCGCGGCGCCGGGCCGUGACCUGACCGGGGCCGCCUGGGGGGUGCCGGGCAGCCCAGCCCCCCAGCCGGCGCCCCUGCCGCCCAUGUGGCUCGGCCCCACACCACAGCCCUAUGCAGCUACCCAGCUAUAUACAAGCUAUCAGGUCCAGCUGCAUAGCGACCCGGCCACCGGGCAUCUAAUGCUCGUACCGCGAUCAGUCGAGCCGGCGCCGCGGCCCACCGUUCUCUGGUCUCCGUACCAGUGCGUGUCUCCCCUCCAGUCCCCGCAGCUCACAGUGCUACCGUCUCAGCCGCCCCAGCUCUACAUCCAGGCCACCUCCGAACAGACGCUGCUGACAUCUACCGGCGCGCAGGUGAUCAAGAAGGAGGAGCCCACCAGCCGGCUGAAGCCGAUCCAGCCGGCCCCCAGUCACGUGGCUCCCAGUCCGGCCGGCGGCCACCAUCCCCCACCGCCGCCCGUCAAUGUGCAGUACAUCAUACCGGCGCCACUGCAGUCGGUCUACUAUACGCACGCUGCCGAGCCGCCUGCCUCCUUCAUACUUCAGCCGGCGCCGGCUGCUCAGCCGCAGCAUCUUGCACCCGGUGUACACCAUGCGGCUGUGCCCGGCGCACCCGGUGUACACUCGGCCGUGCCGGCGCCGCCGCCUGGUGUUCAACAUCCGAUGCAGUCCGUCGGCCAGCUGCCGCUGGUGUCUGCCGUACCGGUGCUGGCCCCGGAGCCCCUGCCGGCCGCGUCGUCUCAGGCGGCGCCCUCUGCCGACCUCGGGGGUACUGUACGGGAGGUCAGCACCCGGUCACAGGCGACCUCACCGGUAUACCACGACCAGGUGUCUGUGCCCGCGGUCCCUGACCCGCCUGUGUCGGUGGCGGGCCGGACAGGACUACCUUCCCAACUGAGCUACCAGGCGUCAUCCCCCGUGUCCAACCGUCUCACACAGGACCACUCCUCGGCGUCUGUAACUGAACACCACUCCGAGGUCUCUCUACAGACCAACGGGGUCGACCUGUCACACCACAACGGCGUGCUAAGUCACACUUCACACGGGAGAAGUUCACCCGAGUGUCCGUCUCCCGAGCGGGCCUCGCGGGAAGAACAGGUGACUCCCGUUCAGGCGGCCAGGGAUGACGAGACGCCACAACAGACCACAGUGGAGACGGAAGAAGAGAUGCGGCAAGAGACGGAAGAGACGCAUCUGGAGACGAAGGAGACACCGCGGCAAACGGUGGCGGCGGAAGAGCCUUACUCGAUUCGGGCGGGGGUGAAGAGUGAGGUAGAACACUCCCCGUCGGGUGUAAACUCUCCGCAGCGAUCUCCCAGCGGUCGAUCUCCGUCUGAAUCUCCGCUGGACCGGUCUCCGGCGGAGUUGGUGAUCUCCGAACGAUCUCCGUCCGACGAGGGAGAUUUGUCUCCGGCUGAAGGAGACGCUGCAGCUGAGACUGCGGAGACAGCUGCUGAAACGGCUCCUGAAACAGCCGCAACAGCUGUGGAAACAGCUGCCGAAACAGUAGACGAAACAUCGGCAAAAACAGCUGUAACAGUUUCCAGACAUUCGAACGGCGUUGUGGUUCAAGACGAUGAGUCAUCACAGGAGAUAAGCGAAACGACACGAGUUGACGCGAAGGCUGUGACGGUUCCAGCUUCGACAGAAUCUAAGGUGACUUUGGCACCACCACGGUCUGUAAAGUCAGCCACGGAGUCUAGCUCUGGCGUGAUGACAUCUUUGCCAUCAUACGUGACUUCAUCUGUGGCAUCGUCUGUAACAUCAUCUGUGGCGUCCUCAGUGGCGUCAUCAGUGACAGAAACAGCCGACAGACCCGAGAGAUUGGCGUCGCCGGUUCCGUCGGUUCCACUUCGUCCUACGUCGGCCAGCGCGGACCCGCUACAGGUGUUGGCGGGCUGUGCGGCCGACCUGAGGCCCCUCCCACCCGUCACGGUAGCCGUCACAGUGAUCUCACCCGUCACGAGCUCCGUCACGAGCGCCGUCACGAGCGCCUUCUCAAGUGCCGUCACGAAUUCAACCACAGUCUCCUCAUCAGAAACGACCGAUGGGCUGCAACUUCUCUGUGAGGCUGCCUCUAUACAACGUCCAACCCAGGUUGAUCAUUUAGCCACCCUACUGGCUGCCGCUCAUCUUCUAUCCAGCACCGCCGCCGCCGCGCCCGCCCAGACUUCUACUCCAUCUCUAGGGCCGUUUUCGGCGCUCUGCGAGGUGGCCGAACAGCACCUAUCGCGCGUGGUGGAGCCUCGCGUGUUCUUCGUGCCGCCCCGAUGGGAGAUGUGGAAGAGGCCGGCAGUGGAUCCGGCGGGGAGGAGGGACUACCGCUCCGUGGAGAGUGCCGAGAUUGCCCGAGACUGGCUGAGGAGACGGGCGGCCGGCACCGGCGCAUCAGUCGACCAGAUGCAGGUCCGGUUUACCAUCGAACCUUUCUGGGAGGACUCUCCCCGCAUCCAGGAGCUCCACUCAAAGCUCGCGGACAUUCAGCGACUCUACCGCGCGCAGCUCAAACUCCACCGCCUCUCACCGCGCAAGAACAGCUCGGAAUCUCCGGCCAAGCGGCGCCCGUCGGUGCGCGGCGCUCGGCGCUCGGCGGUGCGCCGUCGGUCGGACAGUACCCGCACCCCGCCGCGCGCGUCCCCUCCUCCAGCCGCCGUGUCCUCCCGACAGUCGGAGGAGGGCGCGGUGUCGGACACAGAGAGCGAGGAAGGAGGACUGGACGUCUGGGAGGACACGGCGUGUGCCGACACCAUCAGCUACUCGUUCAGCAGUCGCAGGGAGAACAACUACUCCAACGGAAUACGGGCUUUGGCGGAGUGUAAGAAGCGUCACGUGCCUCAGACAUCUGACUUCCACCUGGGCUCCGACCCCGCCCGAAAGAAGCGCAAGCUCUGCCCUCCCAAGAAGCACUCGUUCUCUCCCGAUGACACUGAGACGAUCGUGGCCAAGAAGAAGUGCUAUCCUCUGCUGAAACCCAAGCUGAAGCCCAAGCUGAAAGCCGAGGUGAUCAUGAAGGACAGCUUCAGCGAUGGUGAGGAGCCGCCGCCGCCGCCGCCGCCACCACCGCCACCAGUCCCCACUCCGAGAAAACGAUCAGUUAGUAAAGACUCCACAUCGUCCAAGUCUAGAUCAGUGAGUCGCGAAGCACCAGCUAAGCGACAAGCUGACUCGCGAGAAGCGGGAGGUUCCACGCCUGCCAAACGACGCAAGAGCAGCUCUGACGCUCACGCAGAGAAGCACAGAGAGCUGUCGGGAAUGGGUAAAACUGAGCGGUCACUUAGUGUUGGAGGUCCUGGCUACAGCAGCAACGGAUUCAACCACAGCAGUGGGGACAGAGCUGGUGUCUCGACAGUGAAAACGGUGUCAUCAGGAGGCUCGGCGGUACCCUCGGCGCCCGGGGUCACCCAGUCGGCGCCCACGGCAGCUGUGGCGCCCACAGGGGCGCCCUCAGCGGCGCCCCAGUCGGGGUCAACCUCCGAGUCGUCUGGUGCUGUUAACGGACUCAGCUGUUCGGGCUCGCGUGACCCGGCGCUGUCGGCGGCUGAUCUCAGUGAGAUCACUCAGCUUCUGGUGCUCAUUGACGGCCUGUUCUACCGGAGUCGACUGGAGCCUAUCCAGCCGCCGGACCUGUACGGCGUCACUGUGGAGGGCGAGAGGUGCCACCGGCCGAACAUCUACACACAGGAGCAGCUGCUCAACCAGGCGGUACGGGAGGUGCGUCCGGCCUCCUUCUCAUCCCUAACCCCGGGUACCCGCGUGCUGGCCAACUGGUCGCCGAAGCUGCGCGGCCUCUUCCCGGGCACAGUCACCGAAGGGGUAUCACCAGAGCCGGGCAUGCUGUACGUGGAGUUUGACGAUGGAGACAGCGGAUAUAUGAGACUGGAGGGCAUCAGGAUGCUGCCCGCCAACUACCCCACUGUUGAACACGAUCAAGACCCGUUAGACACACUGAGUCGGAGGAGGCGUCGGGCCUCCUCGGGGACUUCAGUGACCUCCAGUCAGAGGGCCGCCAGCCGUCAGAGCGUGGGAGAGGAGCGGUGGGAGCAUCACCCACCCACGACCCCCGCCCCCGCCCCGGCCCCGGCCCCGGCCGCCAACGGCAGACAGACGGAGGAGGCGAAGGACGAGUCCAAUGUGGAGAAGGAGGGGAGGUUACUUUCGGUAGACGAGUCCACUAAUGGAAUGGAUGGAGGAGAGGCUGGGAGAGGAUCGGAUGGAGUGAAAGGGAAGAAGGGAGAGAUGAAGAAGAGGAAGAAGGUUGAUGGCAGCUUGAAAAAGAAGGGAGACGGGUCGAUGCUUAGCGACUCGAAGAGGCAUCUCGAGGGCGGUAAAUCAAAGAAGUCCGCACACACCAAAGAUAGAAAGACAGAACCGUCCAAAAAGAAGAAAUCCGAACAAUCGAAGAAAGCUUCGAAACAUGAGGAGAACGGGAACCAUCAUUUACAGAAUGGCCACAAGAAACAUCACAGCCACAAGAAUGGCGAUGAGGCACCAAAGAAAAAGAAGAAGAAGAGGGACUCUGUGGACGGCUCGCCGCCUCUCACCGCCGAGGAGCGCGCGGAGAAAAAGAAGAAGAAGGCGGCGAAGAGGCGAGAGUCGGCCGCCUCGGACGGCUACGUGGUGGAACAGGAGUCGGACCUGAAGCUGAGGAUCAAGUCGCCCAGUCCCAGCCGGAAACAGGAGAAGGAGGAGACGAGAGAUCGACACCACUCGGCUGAAGGGAAGAAGAAGAAAAAGGGCGAGUCGAACCGCCAGCGCCACCCGUCCGGUAUGGCGGCCUUCCUCCCCGAGCGACAGCUCUGGGACUGGGACGGCAAGGGCGUCAAACGCUCCGCCAGCAAGGGCAAGGCCAAGCGAGAGGUCUACAAGGCGAUCGUCCGCGGCGCUGAGCGCAUUGCCGUCGGAGACUGUGCCGUGUUCCUGUCCGCUGGCCUGCCUGACCGGCCGUACGUGGGGAGGAUUCAGGCUCUCUGGGAGACCACGUCGGGUCAGAUGCUGGUGCAAGUGGCCUGGUUCUAUCAUCCGGAGGAGACGUGUGGCCUGGAUCGGCCCCUGGCCGAACCCAAGGGCGGCCUGUUCGAGUCACCACACAUGGACGACAAUGACGUCCAGACCAUCAGCCACCGAUGUCAGGUGCUCAGCCUGGCGGAAUACCGCCAGACGGUCUCCAGUGGCGACAACGAGACCUUCUACCGGGCUGGGUUCUAUGACCCGCGCUGUCAGACCAUUCGGCGAGAGCCGGGGGUGUAGGGGAGCGGACGACCGGUGCGCCGGGGCGGCUGACUCGUGCGUCCGGAGGAUUUGGGUGGGGGAUGGUUAACCGGCGAUUGUUUGAGAGAAAGGGAGAUGUUUUGAACGGGAUGGGGAGGAAGAGAAGAGAGAAGACGGGAAGAGGAGAAAGGGGUCAUCUUGAGACAAUCAAAUCGCAGGAGGCGGCUUGCGAACGGAUUCAGUACAACGGAUUUACCGUAAUUGAUGUGAACCGUGAGAUGGAAGCUCUGCCGUCUCACUUGUGUUUAAUCAUGCAGGCACUUAGCUGAGCGCACACGGCCGAGUGUAUUCGGAACACACAGAGAUGGUGUUUGUCUAUUUUUGUGCUAUGUUACACCCCCAGAUGGUGUAAUGUUUUCCUCUGAAACAUUGACAAUGCGCCUUGGCCGCGGCGAGGUCCGGUUCAGCUAAGACCGAUAUCAGGUGUGCUUCGUCAACUUGUCCAGAGAUGUCGCUCUGCUAUUUUAUGAACGGAAAACGGUAUUUUGGAAAUUCUGAGCGAGUGUGUGGCUGUGGAGGUAUUGUUUUGAAUACGAGAGGCGAGACGGUGCCUCUAGUCAGCCGUGUGACGUCAUACAUGUGUGUGAUGUCAUCUGUGACGUGGCGAUGCGUGAUUGGCAUCUGUUUUGGCGGGAUUGGGGAGAGCGAGGGACACUGAAGAGCGGGCGCGUGUCGUUUUAGUGACGUUUUUCGUUGUGUGCUCUUAUGGCUAGACGACAAAAUGCGAUGGAAAGUUUAAGAAUGAAGAAAGACGAGGGAGAGAUGAGAUCUGUGAGGGUAAGAAGGCUGUGCUGUGGACGGGGCGCGACGUUUUGCGACAUUGUGCGACAGUUUGCGAUGACCGGGCGUGGUUGGCCACUUAGACAUCGCUUGGCUUCACAACUGAGGCCUUGCUCAUCAUUCAAACUACGUCUGGCGUAGAUUCCGCGCCAUGGGCGGCAUUUAGGCGUGUCUGACUGCUCUGUGGGACGGAGCCGACUCCUUGUAAGUACCUGACUGCCGGCCCGCCGGCUUUGUGGUGUCGGUGACGUCACCAGAGCAGGAGAUGACGUCACACAUCAGUGCCUGGGGGCAGAGACGUCCGGACGUACACAUUGUGUUGUCCCCGAGAGCAUUUUAUAAAUACGUCCUCUGUCCAUAUUGUGUGGCAGCGGCCCUUUUAGAUGUGACGCCGCACUUUGUGAAUGUGUGUAGAUACGCUUUUGUUAUGUCAUUAUACGCUAUGUGCAAAGAUAGAUUUGUAAUAAAUUUACCUGCAAAUAUUUAAA